CACUAUUGCAAUUUUAGAACUUCGUGAAAACGGAACGUUACAGAAACUGAUGAAUAAAUGGUGGUACCACAACAGUGAGUGUGUGGAUACGUCACCGCCCCGGAGACGCUUAAACUUAACGAAUCUUGGCGGUGUGUUUUAUAUAUUAAUCGUGGGUUUGUUCAUCUCUAUGUUCGUUGCCAUCAUUCAGUUUUAUUGGAAAUCCAAGAAGGUAGCAAAGAAGCGAAGGACUCCUAUAUCAGUUGUGUUGAAGGAAAAGGCUAGGCUAUCUGUGACAGGCGAAGGUUUACCUAUUGUUCCUCAGUAUCGCGAUACAAAGUCUGCGUUAACCCCGCCUAGUAUGCGGUACACAUCGUCAACGACGAGCACGCUUGAAAAGAAAGAAACGCUUUUCUUAUCAGAAGAAGACGAUGAUGAAGAGGAAGAAGGGAAUACUGUCGAUAUUGCAAGUUUAUAUAGCCGAACUGGAACCGAAGUGUGAUUGAUAUCCAAGUUUAAUAGCCGAACUGGAACCGAAAUGUGAUCGAUAUCCAAGUUAACUGGAACCGAAGUGUGAUUAAUAUCCAAGUUUAUAUAGCCGAACUGGAACUGAAGUGUGAUCGAUAUCCAAGUUUCAAGUACUAGACCUAAGCUUUUUUGAAAGUUUCGUAACUUUAGUAAAAUCAGGUAAAUCUAAAUCUAUCGGACCAGGGUGUCAUGGUGUUGUCUUAAAGUUUUAGUAGAUUAAAGGGUAUGAAAUCUGGCGUUAUAUUGAAGUUUGCAUAAAUCGAUUCCUUAUAUUAUUAUGUACUUUAAUUUCUUUUAAAUGAUACAUUUUGAUUGGAGUUGUAUAAUUGCCUUCUAAUUCAUGCUUAGACCCAUUUGAAAUAAAAACCUAAGCGGGUCAGUACGCCCAGAAUCUUACAAACGAAUAAAAACGGAGCUGCACCGUAUUGUUGACGGUAUGUUUUCAAGAAGCUUUGUUAAUUGUCAGUAAAGUCUGCGAGUCCCGGAAAUAUAUUUUGAUUUUUGUUUUCAGUGGGCUGGUACUACUUUGGUGUCUUAAUUAUUAUUAUUUUUUUUUUUUUGGAAUGGGGUGGGGGAAGAGAUUAGAUUAGAACUUUUCGCUAAGCCCCGUUCCUUCAAUAACACGUUCUGAUUGGUCAGAUUUUUGGGCUUGAAUGACACUAUGAAAAGGUCUAUUAAAUUAGUUUGGUAGGAACGGGUUCGUACUUUUAGAAUAAUACAUAGUACUACCUCCUUUCUGUCGAGUCAUAUAUAAAAUUUCAAACCUGCAUUUGCCUGCCUAUCCACAUUUUUGUUCUUUUUAGAUAUUUCCAAAUGAUUAGAAAUUAAAUAAUUGUCAUCUAUCAAUAAUAAAAACUUCAGCAAAUAUAUACUUGAUGUGAUCACUUAAUAGGCCACAUUAGCUUUAAUGUUAAAACAAUUAUAAUAGAUACUGUGUUCACAAUGAUUCGGUCGUAGUGGUGGUGCCAGCGGGCAAGGUGUGAAGUUUUCUGUCCGGCACGCAUGGAUCGCCUGUCAUCCGGUUGUCGGACUAAAUUAAUAUUUUUAAUUAUUUAUCCCAUAAGACUUUUUGAGGCUAAGCGAUUUGUCUCUUAGCUCACCUAACGAUUUCUGGACCCUGGCCACAGGCUCUGAGGCCCCUUGGUUCGGACACCCUGUCGGACGUAGUCGUCUGUCGCUACAUUUCUAGAGCCUUCACUUGGACUGUCUGGCAACUAGGUUAUCUGAAAAAAAAAUGUUAUACCGAGAUUCAAUUGACCCAUCAGUAAUUCUAGUGCCGGUAUUUUUCAGCAAAUCCAGUUUAAUAAUACUAUAGUUGGUAUCCAUACGAAACCUUAUAAUGGUCUGUGUAAUAGAAUUUUUUAAAGUGCUAUUCACACAAGUUCACGUCAUUUUAACGCACACGUAGGCCUAUUAUUUACGCAGUUAUUCCAGAGAAUGGAGAUGUAAACGUCACUGCAUCCAAACCAAUCUAAACUUCUGAUAAGCUCAUGAUGUUUAAUGGUGAAUUGGGCUUGGAAAUAUGACGUCAACUUGUAACUUUAAUAUAACGAAUUUUUCCAAAAGUGUAGGUCUACUGUAGAAGGUGUUAAACGGCAAUAUUUUGUACCGAUUUUUUAGAAGAAACGUGUCAUUAUGUAUACUGUAUGUGAUUGUAAUGUAUGCAAGAUAUUACGUUCAUGUAUUUUAGACUAGAAUGUCAAAUCUAGGAUAAUGACUUGGUCCAUUCCCAUGACCAUCUAACACAGUUUAAAUGUUAACUAACAUGUGAGACUAACAAUUUUAAUAAAUUGAUGAAUAUUAAUGUUGCAUUUAUGAGAAAGCAAUAAAAGAUGAAAAAGUCGUUCAGUA